UAGAGGCCAAGGCUACAAUUUCUUCCAAAAAAUUCCCAUGCUUCAUUCUUUUAUAAACCACCACCUUCAUUCUCUUUAUUUGUAUUACAAAAUCAUAUCAUACCCAAAAUAUUAACAUCAUUAUUUUUAAAUUUGAUUAAAUAAAGAUCUAAAAAACCCUAGCUUUUUUUUUUCUUUAUUUGAGAAGUAAUGGAGGGAGAAGAAAUAGAAUAUAGUUAAUAGACCCGUUUCCCCAAUCAUAUGGAGCAGCACAACCAAACACAGAACCAGAGCCACCACCUAACCCAUACCCACAGCCCAACAUGGGGUACCUGGGAGGAGCUCCUCUUAGCAUGCGCCGUCAAACGCCACGGUUUCAAGAACUGGGAUUCUGUCGCCAUGGAAGUCCAAACCAAAAGCUCCCUCCCCCACCUUCUCACCACCGCCGAGAACUGCCAGCAAAAAUACCAUGACCUCCACCGUCGCUUCACCACCACCGCCACCACAUGUAACGAACAUGAUAUACAAGAAAAUAAUAACAAUAAUAAUAAUAAUGAUAAUAACAGUGGUGAUAAGGUCGCUAACAUUCCUUGGCUUGAAGAGCUGAGAAAGCUUCGUGUAGCUGAGCUCAAACAAGAGGUUCAGCGAUACGAUGUCUCCAUCCUUUCUCUGCAGCUAAAGGUCAAGAGAUUGGAGGAGGAGCGAGAGAAAAGCGUGCAAGGUAACCAAAACGAUGAUGGAGGAAUACCAGAUCUGGAACAAGAGGCUUCACAAAACGACAAAAAAGACGAACCAGAGAAGAAGGAUUCCGUUUCCGGCGGCGAAGAAUCUGACCGGGAAAACCGGUCGGUGAACGAGUCGAACUCCACCGGAUCGGAACAGAAGACGGCAGAGAAGGAUGGGGUUAAGAUGGAAGCUGAGCCGGUUCAGGAAGGUCCUUGUGAGGCAGCGCCGGUUUUGAGCGUUUCUAAUUCGAAACCGGUGGGUGGAGGAGGAGAGGAAUCGCACGAGUUGGGUGACUCAGUGACUCAGUUGAGUAGUGAGGUGCAGAGUUCAGCGAGUUUAGGGAGAAAAAGGAAGAGGAAAGAGAGGAAGAGGGGGGAAGAAAUUGGAGGCGAUGGGAUCAAAGGGGCGACCGUGAAAUCUGAGCCGUUGAUUGGGUUGAUCGAAAUGAUUCGGGCCCAUAGACACGGUUCGUUGUUUGAGGGCCGGCUCGAAACUCAGGAAACGGAUGCGUAUAAAAACAUGGUCAGGCAGCAUCUGGAUUUGGAAACAAUAGAGACAAAGCUGGAACAAGGAUCCUAUUCUUCUUCAAAUCUCUCAUUCUAUCGAGAUCUCUUGCUUCUUGUCAACAAUGCUAUUGUUUUCUUCCCCAAAUCCUCAACCGAAUCACUUGCAGCUUAUGAACUCCGAUUGCUUCUCUCAAAUGAAAUGAAAAAAGAGACCCAGAAAUCUGAGUUUACGGUAGCAUCUCAAAAUACUGCAUCUCAGCCCAAAAGUGAGCUUGAAAGAUCAAACUCAUUGCUCAAGGGUUCAGCUCCCAUUGUAGUGUGUCGCAAACGGAGUUCAUUGUCUGCGAAGCCUUCCUCUUCUGGCUAUGGACAAAAGAUUGAGCAGCAACAACAGCCGCAGCAAAGCAAUGACACUGAACAGCCUAGUGAUCCAAAGCCAACAAUAGUUGAACAGAGUACUAUGAAGAUAGAGUCGAAGGAGAAGCCUGCAACUGGCACAAGAAGCUCGAGAAGAACCAACAAAAAUCUCACCAAAGUUACUAGUGCUCCAAGCAAGAAGCAAAAUGCAAGUCCUACAACAAAAGCUGAUGCUGACAAGCCUGAAACUCCGAAAACUGAUAAGAAGAAAACUGAAGCAUUGGCAUUGGAUAAGAAACGAAGUGCGGUGGAUUUCUUGAAGAGAAUAAAGAAAAAUUCUCCAGUAGAAACAUCAAAGAAUACUAGGGGAGGUGUCAAUGGUAGUGGAGAUAAAAAAACUGAUGGUACUGGGAAGGUAGAAAAAGGGAAAGAAAGGGUCUUGAGGAGAAACAACGAUGAGAAACAAGAGGAGAGUAGUCCAUCCAAAAGAAACGUUGGGAGGCCAUCAAAGAAGGGAGCGGAGACAAGCAAGGUUUCAGGAAAGCGGGGGAGGGAAGGCAGUGGAAAGGAGGCAGCGAAGCGGCCAACAAAGCGGUCUAGGAGGUAGAUAUUGGCUUUAUAUGUAAUAUAGCUAUUUUUUUGGGGCUCAUUUAGCUUUGACAAGGACUCAGAACUCAAAACCUCAGUAUUAAAGAUGAAUGUAGUAUCAUUAAAAUUAAAACUCAUUGAUGGUAGUGAAUUCUGUAUAUUAGGGGGCGUUGGGUUCAAUAUAACUGGAUUAGCAUGUAUUAUUGUGAUCUUUCACCCUAUGUAACAUUGGGCAACACUUUAAUUCUUUAUUUUA